GUUUGAUCAGGGUUGGAACUGAACUGUUUUCCUUGGAUCUUUAAAACCCCAUUUUACAGAGGUUGAUUUUGCAGCAACACUUAUUCGUUUUAGUUUUGUGCGCUUUGCUGUCUGUUUAUCCUGACGCAUCAAUUCAGUGCAUUUUCCAGCAGAGAUCGCAGGCUGGGACGAUGACGGCUCGAGUGUGUUUCUCGUUGACUGCUGUUUUUUUGUGUCUGUUCGGAUACUUGAGCAUAACUCAUGCUAUUCAAAGACGAACCACAGUGGACGGUUUCUGUCCGGCGAGGCUGACGGUCGUGCCGUCCCAUCGAGGGUGUUCCUCUGAUGAAGACUGCCCUGGAGGGCACAAAUGCUGUCGAUUUGACUGUGGGCCUGUUUGCGUGCUGCCCGUUUUCAUGAAGCCGGGUCAGUGUCCCAUACCGGAAAUGAUUCCACUGUGUGCUAAAAGCUGUUUCCAUGAUGGCCAGUGUCCUGACACACAGAAAUGUUGCCCAACCACCGGUGGCUUUGCAUGCAGUGAACCACGUGGUCAGGAAAGAGGUCAGGCAAGUUGUCAAGGAAGCGGCUCUGGACAGGGAAGCGGUUAUGGCCAGGGCGCCGGAGCGGGACAGGGUAGCGGCAUUGGUUUGGGACAGGGAAGCGGUUAUGGCCAGGGAAGCGGUUAUGGCCAGGGUGCAGGAGCGGGACAGGGAAGCGGCAUUGGUUCAGGACAGGGAAGCGGUUAUGGCCAGGGAAGUGGCCAGGGAAGCGGUUAUGGCCAGGGUGCAGGAGCGGGACAGGGAAGCGGUUAUGGCCAGGGAAGCGGUUAUGGCCAGGGCGCCGGAGCGGGACAGGGUAGCGGCAUUGGUUUGGGACAGGGAAGCGGUUAUGGCCAGGGAAGUGGCCAGGGAAGCGGUUAUGGCCAGGGCGCCGGAGCGGGACAGGGAAGCGGCAUUGGUUCGGGACAGGGAAGCGGUUAUGGCCAGGGCGCCGGAGCGGGACAGGGAAGCGGUUAUGGCCAGGGCGCCGGAGCGGGACAGGGAAGCGGUUAUGGCCAGGGCGCCGGAGCGGGACAGGGAAGCGGUUAUGGCCAGGGAAGUGGCCAGGGAAGCGGUUAUGGCCAGGGUGCAGGAGCGGGACAGGGAAGCGGUUAUGGCCAGGGCGCCGGAGCGGGACAGGGAAGCGGAGCUGGUCAGGGAAGUGGCCAGGGAAGCGGUUAUGGCCAGGGCGCCGGAGCGGGACAGGGAAGCGGUUAUGGCCAGGGAAGUGGCCAGGGAAGCGGUUAUGGUCAGGGCGCCGGAGCGGGACAGGGAAGCGGUUAUGGCCAGGGCGCCGGAGCGGGACAGGGAAGCGGAGCUGGUCAGGGAAGUGGCCAGGGAAGCGGUUAUGGCCAGGGCGCCGGAGCGGGACAGGGAAGCGGUUAUGGCCAGGGCGCCGGAGCGGGACAGGGAAGCGGUUAUGGCCAGGGCGCCGGAGCGGGACAGGGAAGCGGCGCUGGACAGGGAAGUGGCCAGGGCGCUGGAGCUGGUCAGGGAAGCGGGGCUGGUCAGGGCGCUGGAGCUGGUCAGGGAAGCGGGGCUGGUCAGGGCGCUGGAGCUGGUCAGGGAAGCGGGGCUGGACAGGGUGCUGGAGCUGGUCUUGGAGCUGGACAGGGAAGCGGAGCUGGACAGGGAAGCGGUCAGGGCGCUGGAGCUGGACAGGGAAGCGGUCAGGGCGCUGGAGCUGGACAGGGAAGCGGUCAGGGCGCUGGAGCUGGACAGGGAAGCGGUCAGGGCGCUGGAGCUGGACAGGGAAGCGGAGCUGGACAGGGAAGUGGAGCUGGACAGGGAAGUGGUCAGGGCGCUGGAGCUGGACAGGGAAGCGGAGCUGGACAGGGAAGUGGUCAGGGCGCUGGAGCUGGACAGGGAAGCGGAGCUGGACAGGGAAGUGGUCAGGGCGCUGGAGCUGGACAGGGAAGCGGAGCUGGACAGGGAAGUGGUCAGGGCGCUGGAGCUGGUCAGGGAAGCGGAGCUGGACAGGGAAGUGGCCAGGCAAGCGGAGCUGGACAGGGAAGCGGAGCUGGACAGGGAAGUGGCCAGGGCGCUGGAGCUGGUCAGGGAAGCGGGGCUGGUCAGGGCGCUGGAGCUGGUCAGGGAAGCGGGGCUGGUCAGGGCGCUGGAGCUGGUCAGGGAAGCGGGGCUGGACAGGGAAGCGGUCAGGGCGCUGGAGCUGGACAGGGAAGCGGAGCUGGACAGGGAAGCGGAGCUGGACAGGGAAGCGGAGCUGGACAGGGAAGCGGCCAGGGCGCUGGAGCUGGACAGGGAAGCGGAGCUGGACAGGGAAGCGGCCAGGGCGCUGGAGCUGGACAGGGAAGCGGAGCUGGACAGGGAAGCGGCCAGGGCGCUGGAGCUGGACAGGGAAGCGGAGCUGGACAGGGCGCUGGAGCUGGUCAGGGCGCUGGAACUGGUCACGGAAGUGGACAGGGAAGCGGAGCAGGUCAGGGCGCUGGAGCUGGCCAGGGAAGCGGAGCUGGUCAGGGCGCUGGAGCUGUUCAGGGAAGUGGACAGGGAAGCGGAGCUGGACAGGGAAGUGGACAGGGAAGCGGGGCUGGUCAGGGCGCUGGAGCUGGUCAGGGCGCUGGGGCUGGUCAGGGAAGCGGAGCUGGUCAGGGAAGCGGAGCUGGACAGGGAAGUGGUCAGGGUAGUGGAGCUGGACAGGGAAGUGGUCAGGGUACUGGAGCUGGUCAGGGAAGCGGAGCUGGUCAUGGAGCUGGACAGGGCACUGGAGCUGGACAGGGAAGCGGAGCUGGACAGGGAAGUGGUCAGGGUAGUGGAGCUGGACAGGGAAGUGGUCAGGGUACUGGAGCUGGUCAGGGAAGCGGAGCUGGUCAUGGAGCUGGACAGGGCACUGGAGCUGGACAGGGAAGCGGAGCUGGACAGGGAAGCGGCCAGGGCGCUGGAGCUGGACAGGGAAGCGGCCAGGGCGCUGGAGCUGGACAGGGAAGCGGAGCUGGACAGGGAAGCGGUCAGGGCGCUGGAGCUGGACAGGGAAGCGGAGCUGGACAGGGAAGCGGCCAUGGAAGCGGAGCUGGACAGGGAAGCGGCCAUGGAAGUGGAGCUGGACAGGGAAGCGGCCAUGGAAGAGGAGCUGGUCAAUGCGCAGGAGCUGGUGAGGGCGCUGCUCAGGGAAGCGGCCAGGGCGCAGGACAUGGCAGCGGUGCUGGACAGGGAUGCGGCCGAGGGAAUUGUCAUGGAUGUGGCCAAGGUCAAUGUUGUGGUCAGGGACAUGUUAAUGGUAAUUUAGCAUAAUAUUUUCUGGAGAUCUUUUCCACUCCUUCAUUCAAAUGGCAUGUUUUCCCUUUUUGCUCAUGUGGUUUAGAAUUUCUGUCUCUACCACCUCAAAUUAAAAAAAAAAUAAAAUUGCUUGAUUUGAAAAGUU